AUGCUUCCCCCAGGGUCCCAGAACCCGUGGGGUAGCGCUGCCGUUGGGGGGACGACUGGGAACGCAUUCCUGUCCAGUAACCGACCAGUCAUUGCGGACCUGGCUUUGGCUGCCCUAAAAGAACGUGGUGAAGUCCAGAAAAAGCGAAUAUGUCCCCAGUUCCGCACUGAUCGAUCCCUGUUUUUUAUGACCAAGAAAAAUCCUAUUCGACGGAUAUGCAUCAAUAUUGUGGACGCCAAGCCCUUUGACUAUUUUAUUCUGGUAGCUAUCCUUUGUAAUUGUCUUGCCCUGGCAUUUAACCAUCCCUAUCCGAAUGACGAUUCCAACGCAGUAAACCAAGUUUUGGAAAAAGUUGAACUCGCCUUUGUAAUUAUUUUUACUACGGAAUCCGCAUUGAAAAUUAUCGCCUAUGGUUUCAUCCUUCACCCUGGAGCCUACCUCCGGACAUUUUGGAACAUCCUGGACUUUUCUAUUGUUCUUGUCGGGCUGUCCUCCAAAGUACUGGAAGGAACCAGCGCAGAUGUCAAGGCACUUCGAGCCUUCCGUGUCUUGCGACCGCUGCGUCUGUUGUCAGGGCUGCCAAACGAAAUGAUGGCGAACCCGAAACCGUGCACAAACGAAUCAUCAGCCAGUGGUUUCAAAUGCUCAGAAAUAGGACCGAAUUUCCAGUGCCUAGACUAUCCUCCAGAUCGAUACCCUGGACCACAGAGGGGAAUCAUCAGCUUCGACAAUUUUCUACUCUCAAUGCUCACUGUGUUUGUAUGUGUGACAAUGGAAGGCUGGACUUCUACCGGUUACUAUGUGAGUCUGUUUUUGGUAACGGACGCUGUUGGACAUUGGUGGCCCUGGAUCUACCUUGUCACGUUAAUUCUCCUCGGAUCCUUCUUUGUCAUGAAUCUGGUUCUGGGUGUGUUGAGCGGAGAGUUUAGCAAAGAAAAAGAGAAGAUUGACCGAACCCUGUUGUUUCGCAAGGAACGACAGGCGAAGCGGGAACAGCAAGAUUACCUGGGCUAUAAAGAGUGGAUAGAAGUGGCA